AUAAAGUUUGCCAACAAGAACAAAAAAAGGAAUUAAGAGGUAUAAACAUAAUCUGGUAAUAUCUAAGCAACGUAUUAUAAUUCACUUUCAACAAAAAAAACAUCAAUAAUAAAAGAGCUGAUAUGGUUUCAGUUCCCUUUCUAGCAGCAGAUGGUGAUAUGAGCGAAACUACCUUUCUUUUAACAAGAGCUUCAAGACUGGGAGUGGAGACUCUCACAAAACCGAUAGAAACCAAUAUUAAGUCAGUGGAGAAUCUAACACAAGCAGGCAGCAAGUCCGGCACAGUGCAGCAAGCAGAGAGCAAGUCGGCGCAGUGUAGCAAGCAGAGAGCAAGUCGGCACAGUGCAGCAAGCAGAGAGGGGUCCGGCACAGGCAGCAAGUCCGGCACAGUGCAACAAGCAGCAAAGAGCAAGUCCGGCACAGUGCAGCAAGCAGCAGAGAGCAAGUCCGACACAAGCAACAAGCAGCAGAGAACAAGUCCAGCACAAGCAGCAAGCGCAGAGACAAAGUUCAGCAGUCAGCAGGAUGAACUCCAGCAGAUCUGCAGGCUGCAGCUAACAGCUUUGACAGCAGCUCCAGGAGCAGAUCUGUAACAGCUCCAACAGCAGAUUUGCAAUAGAUCUGUAGCAGCAAG